AUGAGUCGGCGCGACGAAGAGUACGUGGAUGGGGCCGAAUUUGAUGACUCGGAUGAGCUUGUUGAAGAGCAAUCUGACGACUCGGAUGAAUUCGACGCGCUACCAUCCCUACCUACUGCCGCACGACAGACGUUGGCAGAGCGUGUGAGUGCGAAGCGCAAAGCUGCCGACGCUGCAGCCGAUGCGCAGGCCAAGGCUACGUCCACGGCACCAAAGCCGAAACGAAGUGCCCUCCAGAAGAAUGCCGCUUAUAGCUGGGAAGCAGCAUAUCAACGCUCAUGGGAUCAUGUGCAGGAAGACGAAAGUGGGAAUUUAGAGAGCGCUGUGCGACAAAUGCUGGAGAUUCACAAACGAAAGCGGAGUAUGCGUGAUAGCAACCCGGUUCAACGCGGUAUUAUCCGCCACUUUGUCUUGGUGCUGGAUCUAAGUGAAGACAUGAUGGAUCGGGAUCUGCGGCCCACACGCUUUGAUCUUACGUUGCAAUUGGCGCGUCAGUUUGUGUCAGAUUAUUUUGAUCAAAACCCAAUCGGCCAGCUUGCCAUUGUAUGCACCCGCAACGGCCUCGGUGAACGCCUGUCUUUGAUGGGCGGCAAUACAUUUGAUCACAGCGCAAUGCUUGCGAAUAAACGGAAGCUUGAACCAAGAGGUGUCCCAAGCAUCCAAAAUGCGCUCGAAAUGGCGCGCAGCUGCUUAACGUAUGUGCUUGCCUAUUCUGACCCUAGACAUUUGCCCAAUUCCAAUACCCGUGAAAUCUUGUUUUUGUCUGCAUCGCUAACCAGUGUGGAUCCCGGCAACAUAUACCAAACGGUGGACAAACUUGUACAAGAUCGAAUCCAAGUGUCUGUGAUCUCUUUAGCGGCGGAAAUUCAUGUGUUAAAGGAUUUAUGUGCUCGCACAGGCGGUGAUUUUAAUGUGGUAAUGAACGAAGAUCACUACAAAGAGCUGCUUCUCAAGCAUGUCCCCCCUCGGGUCAUCACAGAAGAAACGUCGACGCAAGCAUCGGAUACCAAUGCAGCUGACUUACUAGUGAUGGGCUUUCCACGCAGGUUGCCGUUUCACACGCCAGCCACACUAUGUGCUUGCCAUGGUCGGUUGGUAACACCGUCGAAGGCCAGUGAGAAUGACAGCCUUGCUGCGCCAGCUGGGUACCAAUGUCCACGGUGUUUAUCGAAGGUGUGCCAGGUACCUACGGACUGCCCUACAUGUGGAAUUACUAUUAUUAUGAGCACACAUUUAGCGCGAAGUUACCAUCAUUUGUUUCCCGUGCAAAACUACGAACCUGUCCCUUGGUCAGCGUAUGUAUUCAUUCUCUUGUCUGUGACUGACUGUUUCAGUGUCUACGAUAAAUCCCCUGCUGCUUGUUUUGCCUGUGCAUGGCAAUUUCCUCCCAAGAGUGAUGAUGACAACACUUCUAUGCCGUCCGGCGACUCGACGUUAUCGCCUUCUUCACGAUAUGCUUGCCCCAAGUGUCAGCACCAUUUCUGCCUAGAAUGUGAUGCAUUUAUCCAGGAGCAGCUUCACUCAUGUCCUGGGUGUACGUAG